CAAGAAACGAAGGAGGUUCCUUCCUUCCAAAUUCCAAUCCAGCGUCAACCCACCCCACUCUAUAUAAACCUAUAUAUCGGUGUCUGGCUCAUCUGCUAGUGUGCCUUUUGUUUUUGGUACCCGAAGACCUUAGGGUUUGUUUGAUAAGGAAGAUCCACCAUGGGUGGAGGCAACGGCCAGAAGUCCAAGAUGGCUCGCGAGAAGAACUUGGAGAAGCAGAAAAACGCCGCCAAAGGAAGCCAGCUCGAAUCUAACAAGAAAGCCAUGAGCAUCCAGUGCAAGGUGUGCAUGCAAACAUUCAUUUGCACAACUUCAGAAGUGAAGUGCAGGGAGCAUGCAGAAGCAAAACACCCCAAAUCCGACGUUUAUACUUGUUUUCCUCAUCUGAAGAAGUAAAUAUAACUGGGAAACUGGAAACUGUGAUGGGUUUGGAACUUCAUCCCUAAUAUUUCAAUAUGAUCUAAGUUUGAAACUGUUUGUGGAAUAUGUUCAAAUUGUUUCUCUAGUGGUCUUGCCUAUCCCCUAUUCAAGUCUGUAGUCCCCGAAGUAAACAUGUAUUUUGGUGUUCUGUUCGUCUGAAUGUUGUCUCUUGGAAGGAAUGCAUUGCAGUCUUCAUUGCAGUCUUGAGCACUCUUGCAGGGUAAAUUCUCCCUGAUUA